UUCUCCGAUGCUAGCUUCGUGCAAGGUGACGGUGAUGGAAUCCUUGACGGCGCACCAACAUGCGUGUUUUUCCAUCUCCCGAAAAAUCCGAAAAACUACUACACUAGUACGACGUCAAGGCCGCAGAGCGGAAAGAGUGAGCAGAUGCAACAUCGCACACGCCACGAUUGGCGGCGCGCCUGGCGAUGCAUCGGGCUGAUGAGCCUGCGGUGUCUGAUUCACUGUCAUCAGUUGCCGUGUCCUUUGUCGCCUCUCGUGUGGUCAGCUGUGCUGGGGCAGUGCGGCCGAUUGCCGCCGGAUACUAGCAUCUCAACGUACUAUGCUGGCGCGGAGUUUUCUGCAGAAGAACAGGACGUGCCCCACUCUGCAGUUGUGCGACAGAUGCACACGCUACGUGCCAACCGGGGCGACACCUGGGCGCGCGAGCUGUUGAACUAUUUCCUGCACUGUCUUUCACUGUUUGACCCAAAUCGCGAGCGGUCGUACCGGUGGAUGCUGAGUUGUGUAGUUUUCGAACACAAGAUCAAGACUGCAGCACCAGUUCUUGGCGCUUUACUCCCGGUAGAGGUCGUAGCAGAUCUUUUUGAUGAUCUGUUGGACGAGCGAGCGCUUGCCUGGUUAAAGUACGACAGCCACGAGAUACUGCUGGUGGAAACGAUAACAGCAGGGAAAAUAGCACCAGGAGUAGAUACAGAAAUCACAUCAAAGUCAGAACAUCAGCAACAGGAGCAGGACGACCACGACGAGGCGAAGCCUGUUCGCCAAAGGUUUCACCAUCUCGGCCGCAGUAGUGGUCUUCUCGAGUGGGUGAUCUUGUGGGACAUUUACCUGCACUUUAUCGGGGAUUCAACCGAGCGGUGGGAUGCGUACAGCAGCUUUUCGGAGGGGCUCACCAUGUGUGGCCGGUUCGCCCGGCUCUUUACGCCAGCUGUGCUCGUCCGCAGUACGACGAGCGCUGCGGGGGCCCCGUUGUCAUCUUCGAGCUGUGUUUCUGUUGACAACAGAUCGCCGGCCCUCGGGCUCCAAUUUCUCCGGGUUUUCAUCAACGGGAAGAAUCUCUCGGGCAAGGCUGUGUUGGAAAACGUGGAGUUUCAGCCGGAAAUUGGCUACGAGAAACAACAAACGUUUUUCAAAUCAAUCCUCACGGACGACUUCACCCGGGCGGAACUGCAGAAGUUCCUGUCUUUCGCGAUCAGUGUGACCCAACUUCCCAUUUCUGGAAAAUUCCCGGGAAACCAGAAAUUGCUCAUCCGAUUUCUGGGGGAUGGGGAGGAAGACGUGCAGCGGCUCCCGGCUGCACACACUUGCACCUGGACCGUGGAUAUGCCCGUGUACGACACGAAGGCCGUGAUGCUUGCGAAACUGCGCCAAGCCAUUGAACUUGGGCCGCUACCCUUUGCAAUUUCCUAAAUUAGGAGCAGUCCAAAGGGGGUUUACAAACUCGGGGCGGUUCGCUCUUUGGCACUAGAUGUUGUGCAAAACACACGGUAGCGCGAGUGAAAGCGGGGGCGGCAGCUCCCUUGUCAGAUGAAAACGAGGCAAAUGCGUUCUUGAAUCUACAAAAGUGGCAACAAAGACAAAUGUCGCGUGUUCGUUACUGUUAGUUCAGGAGUUUUGGGAAAGUAGUUCAGUAAGCGAGGAGCACUAGCAGUCUAUCGAGUGCGGGCGUUUCGAGUGCAUCCCCUUCAAGGAGGAUUUCUUGCGAUAUCCAUGGGCAAGAACUACUCCUACAUCAACAUCUACACCCCAUGGUUGCGACGGGUGAGGUGAGUGAUAUAUUGAUCUUCCCUGGCUAUUCAAAAAGAUUAAGUGAACAUGAGUUGAUGUCAGCUUGACCCAACCUUAACGAUGAUGUAAGAUAAUGCGAAGAAGGAACACGCCAACGCCUGUCGUGCUUAAUAUGAGUCUGACAGCGUAGGACCCGCUCCACCAGCAUUUUUAUUGAUACGACGGGACUCGCAGAACUCACUCGUCGAGCUGUCGCUGCAGACGGCGCCGCGCGAUGGCGCACCGGGGCUGCAGCUUUUUCGACGCCCAAAAAA